UCUGUCUUCCUCCCCCCGCCUUUCUUCGGCCAUUGACGUUGACGGUGGCGAGCUCCCCCAGCGAGAAACCGCGCCGCCGCACCGGCGCCGAUCGAACGCCGGAAGCGAAAGGGCGUCCCGAGAAAAGCUUCCUGCAAAAGGCGGCCGCUUCGCUUUGACGGAGAUUCUCUCCCGGGUUGAUGUGUUGACAAGAGUAGACAGUUCCGCCGGAAGCUGUGAUGCAGUUGAACAUGACUGGGCAGCUCGAUUAGUGAUGUAUGUAGGAAUUACUCUCGGUCUUACCCGUUAACUGGAGCCAGGUAUCUGGUCAAGGCAUCUCGAUGGAAGACUCGCGGCAUAAUUCGAACUUGAACAAAAACCCUGAAACCGCUAGUUUCGUUCCUGGUAAAAAGGUUUCUCAGAAGUCUCUGGUUGCAUCAAGGCCAAAAACAUUCUCUAAGAAUAAAUUCAGUUACAGGCACAUAGCUUCCCUGGGACAUGGCAGAAUUAGUAGCGGUGUAUUUGGUGAUGUAGCAUUCUUUUUGCUCAAAGUUGCAGCUCUAGAAACUGUGAGGAGGUUUUCCAGGGCCAAGUGUCCAUUUGCUUGGCGCAGUCUUCAGGCUUUACAACUUCUCUGUUACCCACCAUUAAAGUGGCUACAGAGAUGGGCUCCCUUCAGGGGUUUGAUAAAAGGCAUGCAGACAUUGUCCAGGCCUCUAUUAGUUCUAUCCGUAGCUACAGCAUUCUCUGAUCAAGAUGAGCCUACGACUGAAAGUUUGGAUGCCGUUAGUGAUUCCCAAGCAUAUUCUAAUGUACGUUCAGAUCCGGCUACUUUGCAGCAUACUUCAGAUACCAAGUGCACGAUCUGCGAUGAAGCUCCUCAGAUUCUAGCAUCAGAAAAUUGGUUAGUCCGUUUGCAUAAAGAACUGGAAGAUCAAGGGAUUACCUUGCCAGAUAGAAUGGAUGAGGAUGAGCUCCAUAGAUUUCAUGUUGCCGCAAAUGGUGACUUCUCAUCCUUGGUGUCCUCAAUUAAGAGGACUGUUCGUUGGAGGGAAACUUACGGACUCCUCACUGAGGAAGAACUUCGGGCUUGGUCGAAUUUACUCUUUUGGCAUGGAUUUGAUUUGAGACAUAGACCAUGUCUCAUUGUGCGGCUUGGCUUAGCUUUCGUCACCUUGCCAUCACACGAGAGACCUCGCUUCUCUCAAGCUAUCAUAUCUCAGGUGGAAUAUGGAGUGCUUCACUUGGUUAAUUCUGAAAGUACCCGAAUUACAGUUGUCGUUGACUGUCACGGUUUAUCUCCAUAUAGAAUUCCCAUGCAAAUAAUGAGAUCUUGUUUAACCCUUCUGCAAGAUCAUUACCCAGGCCGGCUUGGUUGUGUGUUUGUUAUACGACUUUCCCCUGUUUUGCGAGUUAUUGCCCAGACUCUACUACAGGUUCUGAGACCUGCUACCCGAGAGAAGCUGAGGAUUUAUGGAGGGAUUUAUCAGAAGGUUCUUGCCGAGAGUCUUCCCACACUCCCUUUGUAUCUAGGUGGAAAUUGCAGUUGCAAGAAGUGUAGAAUCAUGAACAAUUGCGAUGUGCUUCAGCCUUCUGAGACCGAGAGCCCAAAUUCUGGGGCUGAUUUUUCUGUUGUUGAGGACAGAGAGGAGCAAUGUAAUGUCCAUAAUUAUGAGAGGCUUAGAGACGGCAGCACUAACUGGGACAUGGCAGUGAAAACAGCGAUGCUUGUCAUGCUCAUGUUCCUAGCCCUAGUUACUCUGCUAUCUGACCCAGAGAACCAUCCCUUAUAGUUCUCAUGAGAUAUGCAGCCGGUUGUCUCUGUUAUGGGGACACUUUUUCGAAACUAAGGGAAGGUCCUUUAGGCAAAUUUGUUUUAGCAUUCAUGCCUCCUCUAGUGGAGAUGAGUCUGUAAGCCAAGAGUUUAUGUCAGUAGAGAUUUGUUUUGGUCCUAGUCUGUGUAGAUUUCCUGCGUGGUUUCUUCUGGCAGAUUGCCAGAGUCAGAACGGUUUGUUCUCGAUCAUUGUUGCUUCGGAUUUUGAGAGUUUUUAAUGUGGCCAUGAUGGUAUUGCAGUGUCAAGAUAAAAAACACAAGAGCCAGAGCAGUAAUUGGGUUGUAGAGUUUGUCGGUGAGACGAAAGAAAGAAGCAGAAAGAGAAUGUGCAUAAGAGAGUGAAGAACACUAAGAAGGAAGGAAACGAGGAGGGAGGGAAAGUGGAAAAUUAAGUUGUGGACUAGUCGUCUGUCAAUAAGAGCAGUAGCAUGCACUUGUUAUAUAAGGAUGCUUAGGUGGUGUUCACAGAGACAUAUGUUGCUGCCUAAACUGAAAAAGUGGAGUUACACGUGCAAAAGUGGGCAUGAUACUGCAAGGUCGCAAAAGCCUCUCCUUGUCAUGUCAUGUGGUUGGUGGCAUAAUCUCUCUUCGACCAAUUUGGCCUCUUGAGAUUUACCUGAUGUAACAUGAAUUUUUCCUUUCUUGGGCUGCCAGUAUGUACGGUCUUUAUUGUAAUUAUAGAGCAGCGAACCCCAGGAUAGUUCGUUUCCAGUAUCUGGGAAGCAUUGACUCUUCUUAUGCUCAUUGGGUGACAUUUUUGACUUUA